AUGCCGGCCUGGAUCAUAAUACCACUUUAUAAGCUUAUUGGAGAUUGUAGACCUCUUCGAGCUUCAUCAUCUGGUGGAUGGAAGGAUGUGUUCACUCCUAAACCUAUUCAUGGAUUGCACGGGCAAUGUUUAAAGGAUACCGAUACUUGGAUGAAAUCUUUGGCAGUUGUCGCGACAAUUUCAGCAGAAUGCAUCACUAUGAAUAAGUGUACAUUGAAAGAGCUGAACCUGUUGGAGGAUAAUCUGUAUUCUAUUCAACAACUCGACGCCUUUGGUCAGUUUUCUGGUCCCGGCUUCCUUGAAGUCAAAACUCUUUACGAUGGUUCGUACCAAGAAUGCCAGAGAAUCAGCGGGAAAAAAUACGAGACCAACUACAGCUACAUGCUCAUCACACCUGGAAAAAAUGCGUCAUGUGCUGUCUCCAACUCUACCUCUGCAUACUCUGCCCUCCCGUUCAGAAUUGCCACGUGCCUUCCGAAGUCGUGUGAUCACCAGGAAAUGAUUGACAUAUUCAAUCGAAUCACACCGUAUCCAUUGACGGCAUGCGCUGCAUUCUGUUCCAAGAAUGACGUAGAGAAGGAUUCAGCUUUCUGGGGAUUUUCGAUAUUUCUUAUGGUUGUCUCUGCUAUUGCUCUCCUUGCUUCCUCUGUUGAUUAUAUCAGGGAAACUGUCUACGGAAUACCGAGUAUCAAAGAGAAAAAUACACUGCUGAAAAUCCUUUUGACUUACUCUUUGUGGACAAAUGCAGAACUUCUGCUGUCAGUCAAAGAACAAAAACCUGGAUUCAUUAAAUCACUGGAUUGUAUUCGUCUCCUCUCAAUGUGUUGGGUAGUCACAGGUCAUUCCUUCUUGUAUUACAUAUUAUCGGAUACUGUGGACCCUCUUCUCAACUUCCCAAAACAUUUUUGGAAUCAUCUUCUACUAAAUGCAUUUGUAUCGGUUGACACGUUUUUCGUGCUUUCCGGAAUCGUGGUGGCAUAUUUAUUCUUCAAAAUGAAGCCGAACAGAAAACUGGUCUUGAAUCCUGUGACAUGGAUUUUAUUCUACGUUCAUAGAUACUUGAGAUUGACUCCUCCAGUCAUGCUAUUCAUUGGAUUCUUCACAGUCUACGCCCCCUACAUUCAAGGACCAUUUUCAGCAUCAGAACUGAACGGGAUGUACCCACAGAUCCAAGGUUGCCAAAAGUUCUGGUGGCAGAACCUGCUCUAUAUCAACAACUUUGACAAAAGCGAUAGCACUCAGGAUAGCUCAUGUUAUGGAAUCACUUGGUACUUGGCUGUGGACACUCAAUUAUAUCUUGUCGCCCCGAUUUUACUGAUCGCUCUAUAUUUUUCAUUUGCCGCUGGUACUGCGUUAAUUGUAGCUGGAUGUGUGGGAAGCAUUAUCACAACUUAUAUUUUGUUCGGAAUUUACGAUGUGCCAGCAGAUAUUAUUGGAAAUGGAGAUCAAAACAGUUUCUUUGAUAUUGCCUAUUCUAAACCAUGGAUCAGAUGUCCCCCAUAUCUUAUUGGAUUGCUCACAGGAUACCUACUAGCCACUUAUGGUAACCGGAAGAUCAGAUUAAACUGGGUUUUGGCUGUAGCUGGUUGGAUCACAGCAUUCAUCAUCGCAGGCUUUUGUCUAUUUGCGACUUACGAUUACGACAAAGGUGCUCACUGGAGCACAUUCACAAGAGCAACAUUUUACAAUUUCCAUCGUGUGGGAUGGGGAGUUUUUAUUUGUUGGGUGGUGGCUGCUAAUCAUAUGGGAUGGGGUGGACCUAUCAACAAUUUUAUGUCCCACCCAAUCUGGCAACCGUUUGGAAGACUGUCCUACUGUGCUUAUAUUGUGCAUUGGAUGGUUUUGUUCUACUACUUGAAUGUUGGAGGAACUCUUCAUUAUUCAUCGGCUUGGGAAGUGUUUUUGUACGUUGCCAUACCUGCCACACUCCUAUCAUACGUGCUGGCUUUCUUCUGGAGUUGCUUGUUUGAGGUUCCAAUCUUAAAACUAGAAAAGAUGCUUAUCGAAAGUGUGAUUGGCGGGUCCGGUAGAAGUUCUUUAAAAAUUGAAGCCACUGAAACCAAUAAUUUGAAAGAAUCGCCAAUUUUGGAUAAGAAACUUGAAGUUGGAUGGGGAUCUGAUGUUGAAGAGGGAAAGCGUGAAGAAGAGAAACUUUAG